CAAGAAAGGUUCAAGGAAACAUCAUCCUUCUAAGUAUGUGGAUAUGAAAAGGGAGAGUAGGAGACAGAGUGUGAAGGAGAAUAAUAAUAAUAAUAUUAAGAAUAAUUUAUCCGGAGCAGUUGAACAGCAGGUUUUGCGAGGUGGAAAAGAAAGUUUGACUGCUACCAAAGAAGAGAAGAAGAUUGAGAGAGAAGAGGAUGAUGAAGAGAAGAAUAUUGCAGGAUAUGAAUUUGUUGAUGGAUGGCCAAAGUGGUUGGUUGAUAAUAUCCCAAGAUAUGUUCUUGAUACUCUUGUUCCAAAGAGUGCUGAUUCCUAUAUAAAACUGGGAAAGGUAGGAUGUGGAACAUAUAGCAAUGUGUACAAAGCAAGAGAUAAGCGAAGUGGGAAGAUUGUUGCUUUGAAGAAAGUGAGGUUUGACACGUCGGAUCCUGAGAGUAUAAAGUUUAUGGCGAGAGAGAUUAUGAUACUUCAGACAUUAGAUCAUCCGAAUGUGAUCAAGCUUGAAGGAGUAGCAACAUCAAGAAUGCAAUACAGUAUAUAUUUGGUUUUUGAGUUCAUGCAUGCUGACCUUGCACGAAUUAUAGCCCGAUCGGCGGUGAGACUAACUGAACCACAGAUAAAGUGUUACAUGCAAGAACUGCUUUGUGGGCUCCAAUACUGUCACGAAAAGGGUGUUAUCCACCGAGAUAUUAAAUCUUCAAACUUGUUAGUAGACACAAGAGGGGUGCUGAAAAUUGCAGAUUUUGGUCUUGCACAUUCUUUUGACAUCAAAUCCAAUGGCCCUCUUACAAAUAAAGUGGUGACACUUUGGUAUAGAGCUCCUGAACUUCUCUUAGGUUCAACUAAUUAUGGAUUUGGAGUUGAUCUCUGGAGUGCUGGAUGCCUAUUGGCUGAAAUGUUCGUUGGAAGACCGAUAAUGCCCGGAAGAACAGAGGUUGAACAGCUUCACAUGAUCUUCAAACUUUGUGGUUCUCCUUCAGAUAAUUACUAUAGAAAACUGAAGCUAACAAGCAGCCAUCGUCCGUCACAACGUUACAGACCUAACUAUAACGGAAACUUCCCGAACCUUCCUUCGUCUUUCCUUCAUCUCUUGGCCACGCUUCUUGAUCUUGACCCUUCACACCGUGGCACCGCUGCCUCUGCUCUUCGAAGUGAAUUUUUCAAUUCAAGUCCGUUACCGUGCGACCCUUCAGACUUACCAGCAAUCUACAAUAAUAAUAAUAAUGAUGAGGAUGAACGAAUUCAUCAAAAGAGACGUAGACACAGGGUUCCGAAAAGAGGGCAAGUGUCUCAACCCAAUACAAAUCAUGUUAGUCAAUUGGAAAAGAACAAUCAAACAGCUGAACAUUUCAAGAGAGAUUCAGAAUCGUCCACCAAAGAGGAUAAGAAAGAACAAGAGAAGCAGGGGCAAGAAACAGGCACUGUUAGUGCAAGCAGCACAUCAUGGAGCUUCAAAAAUAUUAUGAACAUGAAUAAUGCAUCGUCAAUAACAUCAUCAAUUUUUUCUAGUAAUGACAAAACUGAAGCACAUCCCAAUUAUGCUCUCUUACAUUCAUAUAUAAUUGGAGUGAUCAAUCACAAUAAUAAGAACGAAGCCAAUAAUAAAUCUCAUCAACGUAAAGCGUUGGAUCUAAGAUUUGAUAUAGAGAAGCUAUCAAAUCUUUUUGAAUAAUCUAAAGUUGAAAGAUCUAAUUUU